AGAUCAUCCAACGAGUGUUUAGAUUUUUUCCGUAUAAAUAUUGGACCCAACCGGUCGUACUGUAUCAUUGCUUCAGUUACUUUCCGUUCGACUAAAUCGUUAAAUCUGCACGCGUCUUCAGGUGCAAUUACACAGCAACAUUAUGGCGUUUAAGAUGGUUGUACUGUUCGCCACCCUGGCUUGUGCCAGCGCUGGCUACCUGGAAGCUGACCACCACGCAGCUCACUACUCGCCAGCACCUGCCGUCAGCUACAGCUCCAUCACCCGUGAACACCACCCAGUAAAGGUUGCCAAGACUGUAACCUACGCUGAACCGGCUGUCCACUACGCCGCCCCAGUCACCAAGACUUUGGCCUAUGCUGAACCAUCCGUCCAAUAUGCUGCUCCAGUUGCCAAGACCUUGGCUUACGCUCAACCUGCUGUGCACUAUGCCGCUCCAGUCGCCACCAAGACCCUCGCCUAUGCCCAGCCUUCGGUACAGUACGUCAGCAAGGGAUACCAAGUGCAUGAACCAUCCUACACCAAGACCCUUGUUGCUGAGCCAGCUUAUGCCAAGACCUAUGCCUCUGAGCCAGUCUACUCUGCCAAGACCCUUGCCUACAGCGCUCCAGUUGCCAAGACUUACGUCUCUGAACCAGUGUAUGCCAAGACCCUCGUAUCCGAGCCAGUCUACGCCAAGACCUAUGCUGCUGCUCCAGUUUACGCCAAGUCCUACGCUGCUGCUCCAGUCUACGCCAAGUCCUACGCUGAUGCACCAGUCUACGCCAAGACCCUUGUUUCCGAACCAGUCUACAGCAAGACCAUCGUCCAGCAGCCAACCUACCUGAAGACCGUGGCCCCUCAACCCGUGUACGCUCAUGCCGCACCAGUUGUUGCCGCCAAGACCGUCAGCUAUGCUCCGGAAUCCACCGUUUCUCACGUGAGCUACCAGGAUGCUAGCGCUCACUACGGAUGGUAAGAACAGAAAGUCACCGAAUCUGCUAAUACUCAGGUAACAUAAGAACAAACGUGAUAUAGAUAAAAACCACAUACCGCCGAAAAUGUUGAACGAUUUUUGUUGAAUAAAUUUUAAUUUGAUCAAUGAGA